AUGGAACAGCCACAACAGCAACAGCAACAGACAAAAGAGAAAGGCGAAGCAGAUACAAAUGUUAGAAACCUUCGUAGUCGCACCAUAUCAUUAGUGACACCCAAACAUCGUGAAUCUUCAACGUCUAUUCCACCAGCUAAAAUUCUUUGUCGUCCGCGUACUGUCUCUUCUACUUCUUCAUCAACAUGUCAGAUCGAUCUUCUUAUUCCUCAGGCAUUACCUCCUCAGACGAAGAGAUCUCGUUUGGCAGUAUUAGGUCUUAUAAAUAUCAAGGGUUAUCAUUUUCCAUCAGUUGAUAUUUGGGUGUGCACUGAAGAGCAUCAUAUGGAUUCAACACAUUUUCUCUCGUGGUUAGAUUCAACUUGUGUAACAUUAUGA